UGCUGUUGACAUUGUUGUUGAUAUUUUGAAAACAGUUUUACAUUUUGAAAAUAUUUAGCUUUUUCCCGCUUAUGAACUUUCAAAAACAGUUAUUUUAAAUUGUAAAUACACUCAAGGAUGAAUAUGUGCAAAGAAUAAUUUACAAAGAAUGUUUAUCACUUUGUUAUAAUCAUAUUGCAAAUCUUGAUGCUGAGUUUUCUGGAACAACUGAGAAAUGGAUCUAUUGAAAGUAGGAGUUUUCAAGUUGCAGAGACUACACGUCGUGUCUUAUCAUUGGAACUGAGCAAUUUUCGAGACUUGGAAAGAUCUCAUGCUGGAGGUGUUAAUACAAUUGAUAUAGAAACUGUAGAAAACAGAUAUUUGCUAUCUGGAGGAACAGAUGGUACAAUUUUCAUUCAUGAUUUAUAUAACUUGAAAGGAAAUCCACAAUACACAUGCAAUGUUGCAUGCAGAAUUGAUAAACGUUCAGGACAUGCCCAUUCAUUCAGUGUGGGAUGUGUUCAGUGGUAUCCAUUUGAUACUGGAUUAUUUACUUCCACUGGUAUGGAUCACCAACUUCGUGUUUGGGAUGCAAACAGCCAGAAACCUGUUGAAAUAUUCAGAUUGGAUACACAUGUGAAUGGUCAUCAUAUGUCUUCUGUUGCUACUCAACAUUCGUUAGUUGCAGUUGCUGUUUCACACCCUAGAGUUAUACUUGUUGAUCUGAGAUCAGGAUCCUAUACACACGAAUUAAGAGGACAUCACGGUAAGGUUCGGGUAGUAAGAUGGUCACCUCAUGAAGAAUAUUUGUUGGCCACAGGUGGCACUGAUCAGCAUCUGCUUCUGUGGGAUGUGAGGUGUGCAAAAGGAUAUCUGCGCUCUCUAGAUCAAUAUAAUGGAAAAGCAAUGGGUAAUCAAAACUCCGUAAUAACAGCUCAUAAUGGUGCUGUUAACAGUUUAUGUUUCACUCCCGAUGGACUUUAUCUUGUAUCUUGCGGCACUGAUAAUAAAUUGCAUCUAUGGGAUGUUGCAAGAAGUGAAAAUACAUUGGUCAAUUAUGGUAAAGUAUCAAAUAAAGUGUUUCGAAUACCACGCAUUGAUAUGUGUUAUGCUUCAAAACCAGGAGUACUUUUUGUGCCAUCUGGAGGAAGUGUAGAAAUCUUUGAUUUAUUUACAGGUGAAAAAUUAAACACUUUAGUAGGUCAUUUUAAUACUGUAAACUGUUGUGCUUUUCGUUCCACUUAUCACGAGUUAUAUACAGGAGGAAAUGAUCGAAACAUACUUGUAUGGACACCAGAUACAGAACAGGAAGCAGCUUAUGAAGAAUAUUUGCGGAAAAAUGUGGGAAGUGAUAAAAAGGUCUCGAGGUCUUUUAUUAAAAGAACGAACUUGACUGAAAAUUGGAGUAGUGACGAAGAUUAGCAUAUGGCUUCAGUGUUUGUUUGCUUGGAGUAAGGAUAGCAAUCAGAAAUUUAUUUAUUAACUAUUAAUGAAUGGAAUAUGAAAUUACAGAUAAAAGGUUUGAUGUAAUGACAGGGUUAACUUGUUUACUUAAUUCAUUUUAUAGAUUAGUUUAUUGAUUGAUAUAACUUAUAUAGAUCUCUGGUUCAAAUUUAACAAUAUUAACAUAUAUUUUUUAAACUAUUUUUUUUGAAGAAAUGAAAAUUUUCAUGAAUUAAUACAUAUAUAUACAGGGUGAUCGGAAAAUGUCUGGCCAAAAUUUAAAGGGGGUUAGAGGGGACGAAUAUAAAAGAAUUUGCAGUACAAUGCUUGUCCAGAAACACCGCGUGAAGGUGGUAGAGGGCACUGUGUAGGGCAAUCAAAACAAGCCGGCAAUGUGGGAAGCUGUCAUUCCCUGCUGUGAUUUUAUACACCAUGCAGCGCUUUAUGAAUGUUGAACUAGCAGAUAUCCAUCUGAUGUAUAGAGCUGCGAAUGGAAACGGGAGAGCUGCACAAAGGUUGUACAGGGAACGAUUUCCCAAUAGAGAAAUACCAAAUCGUCAAACUUUCACUGGUUGGUGGUCACUCUUUCAAGCAUUUGCUGUGACAUGUUGAUUUAAUAAAUGGCUUGUUACAUUUAUUUGUCUCUCUUUCCUUUUUACCUUUCCACUUUCUUUACUCUCCAGGACUUUCACGUAGCAUUUCCGGAAAAGCAUUGUACUGCAAAUCCUUUUAUAUUCGUCCCCUCUAAUCCCUUUUAAAUUUUGGCCAGACAUUUUCUGAUCACCCCGUAUAUACAUCAUAUCAGAGUAUGUGAUACAUUAAAAUUAUCAUUCCUUCAUUUGUUGUGAAUUUGUCUCUUUAAUCCGAUUUUCAGUUCGGUAGACUAUCAUAUACAGCAUUCAGGUUAUGAAUUUCCUUUAUUGAUUUGUUAUAUGCAUUUCGGACUCAAUUGUAAUUUAAGUCCCUCUUCAGUACAAACUCAGAUUCUGUUUUCUAAAAACUUCGGUGUAUAAUUGGUAACGUUGUAAAAGAAUAAAAAUACAGCCAUUUAAAAAACACUUCAACUACAUAUUCACAAAAUCUGAUUAGCAAACAGAAAUCUGAGUUUGUACUGAAGAGGGACUUAAAUUACAAUUGAGUCCGAAAUGCAUAUAACAAAUCAAUAAAGGAAAUUCAUAACCUGAAUGCUGUAUAUGAUAGUCUACCGAACUGAAAAUCGGAUUAAAGAGACAAAUUCACAACGAAAAUAGCAGCAGCCAUAAGUGAUUUUCCUUCAUUUGUUCUUUGAAAUUGCUGAAUUAUACUUGUUCAUAAUUAAGAGAACUUCUAAAGCAAAUUAAGAUAUUUUUUGUUUUACAUAUGAUGGAUUAAAAAAGAAUUUUAUAUAUGAUUUUAAAAAUA